CUGAAGAAGACCAACACAACAACAUUGCAUGUAUGUUGGUUGCUUCGUUUUAAUGUUUACUUUGCACCCUGUUUUACUUACAUUUACUCAUUAGGUUACUAAAUCUACGACUGCUUUACUUUCAAAUAAUGGGAACAGCAGGUUCCGCUAAAUGGUCUACAGAUGACAUCAGGACGCUUUUGGAUGCAAUGAGUAAAUCCAUAACAGAACGUGAAAAGGGCAAAAUAUGGAACGUCGGCCUGAAGACCUUUGACUGGAAAAAAGUUGCUUUUAGUGAUUUCACUCCUGAAGAGUGCAAUGCCAAGUGGCGAGAGAUAAUGCAGAAGCUCAGAAAAAUGAAAACCCUCUCUGAGCUCAUUGUUGAUGCACAAAAUACUGUUAACAAUGCAGAGAUUGAAUUUCAUAAGAAACCUGUGUCUGCAAAUGCCUUAUUUUUUGCGGAAAAUAAGGAGCUAUUUAAGAAAAAAAAACCUGAUUUGAACAGCCGGGAGCUAAUGAAGGUGGUAAAUGAUAGUUAUAAGAAACUGCCACCUGAAAAAAAGGAAAAAUAUUUGCAGAAAGUUGAGAAGGCAAAAGAAAAAUACCAGGACAGCAUAAAGAAAAUGACUGUCCAUUCAGAAGACCUAAAGAGAAAAAAGGAUUCUGCAAUAGGAGCAAAGGAGCGUACAACGCUUCCAGUGAACGGUUACAAUCUCUUCUGCCGUGAACAGAAGUCUCUUCUUACUGGGGUACCAAACAGAGAGAUAACAUCUGUCUGGUCAAGUCGUUGGAAAGUACUGUCCAAGGAAGAGAAGGAAAUGUAUAGUAAGCGCUGCUUAGAGAUGAAGAGAGAGGCUAAAAAUGUAAAGAUGAAGAGUGAAGCUAAAAAUGUAAAGAGAGGAAAACAGACAUUCCCUGGGGAGCCAAAAAUGCCAGCUAGAUCUGCUUGUUCACUUUACUGCAAGAGCCAAAUGAACAAAAUGAAGGGGCAAGUAAAAAGGGCCAGGGACCGCUUUGCUAUGGCCAGCCAUGAGUUUAAGACUCUUUCCCAACAAGAGAAAGAUCAAUAUCAAACAAUAAUUGAAAACAACUUUAGCAUGUAUGAAGAACAGCUCCAGAGAUGGUUUAAGACAUUGGAACCAAACCAACAGCAGGAAUAUUGUGAAUGUAACCCAAGUAAAAUAAAAUACCUCAGAAGUAAAAGGCACUUGAGAACACCACUUCACCGUACAUCGGAUUCAGAAGAUGAAGACUGGGAAGAUAGCAGCUGCAGUGACAAUGAUGAUGAUAACAUUGAUGAGGUUGUCAUACAAGACGAAGAAGAGGAAACCCCCAUGUUUGAUCUAUUUUAAGAGAGAAGCAAUAAGCAGAAACCUCUGGGUCCGAAGCUGAUGCAGUGUGUUGGCCUUAUGUAUAUUUAUAUUAUAUAAUGACGUAGGUCUAUUUUUCUUAAUAAUAAUAAAAAUAA